ACUCUGAUAUAUAUAUGCCGAAUUGCGAACGGCAUAAAAUUACGCUGCGAUGUUCUUUGGGUCUCUUUCGCUUCUCAACCUUCGCCGAACGCACGUCGAAGCACCUGCUGUAUGUAAACGAGAUAUCGUAGUCUUGUUCUGCUUUGUUGUACAGGAUAACACUUACAAAUUCACAGCAUUAGUAUCCAGAAGUGGAAGAUUAAGCAGAAACCAUCAAAGCACUUUGCAAUUCUUUGCCUAUCAUGGCAGUUGUGACACCAGUUGAUCAAAAUGGAGUUCCCCUUCAGAAGGAAGCCUCGGUCUCAAAUCUCCAAACCCUUAUUCAAACGUUGCAUCAGAAUGGAAACCUGACGCCCACAUCUCUUUCUCGUAGCCCCUCCCCGGAUCCGGUCUUGCCCUUCAUGCGACUCUCCGAGAAGAUUGCCAACCGUAUCGCCAAUAAAGAACGCUGGUUCUCUUUGGAAUUCUUUCCUCCCAGGACUGCUAAUGGUGCAGUCAAUCUUGUAGCAAGAUUUGACCGUAUGUUCCAUGGUGGGCCUCUCUUUUGCGACAUCACAUGGCACUCUGCUGGCAACCCUGGAGGGCGCAAGGAGACCAGCUCUAUGGAGAUAGCCAGGACCAUGCUCAAUUACUGCGGACUGGACACCAUGCUUCACAUGUGCUGUGUCAGUCAAUCAGCGGAUGUGAUCACCAGACAUCUGGAGUGGGCUAAAGAGUGUGGUAUCCGCAACAUCUUGGCCCUUCGUGGAGAUAUUCCUGGUCACACAGACGAAUGGCAACCCACUCCGGGAGGGUUUAACUAUGCUGUUGAUCUUGUCAAACAUAUUCGAAAAGUAUUCGGGGACGAUUUUGUCAUUGCAGUUGCAGGCUACCCAUCCGGUCACCCCGAUGCUGUGAGCUACGAGGAGGAUCUCAAGUGCCUGAAAGCCAAAGUCGAUGCAGGUGCAGACUUCAUCAUCACACAGCUCUUCUUUAAAGCCAAGACAUUCCUCAAGUUUGUCCAUGACUGUCGUGCAAUAGGAAUCACCGUGCCAAUUAUCCCGGGAAUCAUGCCCAUACAGGGUUAUCACUCUCUAAGGAGUCUGGUGAAAUUGUCUAAGCUUGACGUUCCUCAGGAGAUCAUGGAUGUGAUCGAACCAAUCAAAGAAAAUGAUGCUGCAAUAAGGAACUACGGCAUCCAUCAGGCCGUCACUAUGUGCAAAGAAUUAUUUGAAAGCGGAGAAGUGUUUGGAAUUCACAUCUAUACCCUCAACCGAGAGGUAGCCACCAUCGAGAUCCUAUCUUCUCUUGGACUAUGGUGUGGUGAGCCAAAGAGAUCACUCCCGUGGAAGACCACUGCCAACCUCAAGCGAAAGCAGGAGGAUGUACGUCCCAUCUUCUGGGCCUCCAGACCCAAGAGCUAUGUUUACAGGACUCAAGAAUGGGACGAUUUCCCCAAUGGCCGCUGGGGCGAUUCCUCGUCUCCAGCCUUUGGUGAGCUGAGGGACUACCAUCUGUUUUACCUGACUAGCAAGUCCGACCAGAAGCAGUUGCGAGCCAUGUGGGGCGAGGAGAUUACCUGCGUUGAAGACGUCAGUGAGAUCUUCACGUGCUACCUGUCGGGAGAACCCAACAGAUAUGGCAACAAGAUCACACGAUUUCCAUGGAACGAUGACGAGGUGUCCUCCGAGACGAUGAGGGUGUCGUCCCAGCUGGUGUCCAUCAACAAGCGCGGCGUGCUCACCAUCAACUCACAACCCAACGUUAACGGUGAACCAUCCUCCGAUCCGGUGGUAGGAUGGGGGGCAUCUAAUGGUUAUGUCUACCAAAAGGCGUACCUUGAGUUUUUCUGCUCUCGAGAGAACAUUGCUGCGUUGCUUCACAUUCUUCAGGACUUUCCUCUUGUCAACUACCACGUCGUCAAUGCCAAGGGCACUGAGACAAUAACCAAUGCCGACCGUCUCAAGCCGAACGCUGUGACAUGGGGUGUCUUCCCCGGAGCAGAGGUCAAACAGCCCACCGUUGUGGACCCGGUCAGCUUCAUGUCAUGGAAGGACGAAGCAUUUGGCUUGUGGCUAGAAUCCUGGGGAACACUCUACAAGGAAGGCUCGCCCUCUUGGCACAUCAUACAGUUCAUCCACGACACCUACUUCCUGGUGAACCUUGUUGACAAUGACUACGUCAAAGGCAACGUCCUAUUUGAAAUCAUUGAGCGUAUGCUGCAGAGGUGCGAGAACUCCAAGGGAGACUGCCGAGUUAGAGAUGUCGAAGAUGAAUGCAAUGCCACAAAGAAAUUGAAGGUUUCUGAAGAGGAGAUGAGCUUGUCCAACGACUGAAGGAUGUCCUCGUGGACGGAUUAAAAUCCCAUCUGAAAUACUAUUGACAAGGCUAUGCACAAGUCUCUCUGCCAUUGCUUUGAUCUUGAGCCAUUGCAUUGGGCUGAAGCUUUCUUCACACGUCUGAAAUAAAGAAACUGUGCUGGAUGACAAUUAUGAUUUAUGUAUAUUGUGCAGUAUUGUGAGAGGUGGCAUUUGAAGUGGAUUACUCAAAUGUAAAUGCCUAAAGUGUUAGACUUGAAAUUUCAAACACGGUGAUAUUUGAUUGAGCCAUAAUGGUUCAGAAAUUGCUAACGUAUGUUGAAUGAAAACAUUGAGUGAUUUCAAGUGCGGUGUUCGGUGUUGGUGUUGAGAGCAUGAAAAGGCCACUGAACCGAGCUGGGUUCAGAGGAACAAUACAGAUUGCAUCACGCGCACCUCCACUGUGCUGCCGAUCAUGUCAACUUUCGCGAGAAGUCUCGACAACAAAAGUGAACUCGGUGAGAAUUUGCAGCAUAAUCUCGUUGUACAGAAUGAAAAGGCUAAAAUCGCUUCAAGAUUCCCCUAAAAUAAAUAUUAUUUUCCAUGAAGAUGUAUAAAGCUCUAAGGAUGUGCACUCAUUCUAACUGUAAAAAGUAAUUUUAUGGGAAUGUUUCAUCCUGUUCCUAAUCAUGAGCUUCAGAUCACCAACACUGAACUUGAAAUCAUGAUUUUGCCAAUCCCUUGGGGUUCUUGUUGGUCAAUGGGAAAAUUACAUGUAAGUCUUAAACACCAGCUUGCAUGCUUGGUUCAGCAGAUGACAUUCAACACCAGCGCUCAACAGGAACUGCCAGAAAUUGUCGUAUUUCCAAGGUCAAUCCCAACACCGGCCUCCUUUCAAGUAAGGAGUGGCUGGUGUUAGUGUUAUGAUAAUACCAACACCAGAUUUCAUCACUACUUAUAAUCAUCCAUUGAGUCUUAUAUUUUGGGCAUCACACAAUGAGACUCUCCUUUUGUAAAACAAAUUGGGUCCCUUUCAUGCGAAUGUGUAUGCUAUCCGUGGAACAUUUUAUGCAGGGAGCUGCCAGUAGAAAUGACUGGAACAUUGCCUGGACUGCGACAAUUGAUACGUAGUCAUUUGAAUUAUAUUUUACAAAAAAGUCAACAGGUGACAUGAAUGGAAUUUGAAUUGUGUCCUGCUUGGAUAUUUUCUUGGAAUUUAGAUAUGUUGAGAGAAUUUUUAAUCAGUCUGAUGCCAAUUUUCCCUUAGCGUGUAUGGCUUUAUGUAAUGAUGGCCAGAACUUAAUCUACAAGUAGAUCUGUGAUAUGGUAUAAAUUAAUAUUUUAAGUUGGAAGACUUUCUCUCAAUUAUUAUUCACUGCCACUGCUCCAGUUUACCUGGAAAAAACUAUGAGUGUGAAUUAACUCAAAUGAAACAUCAUACUUAGGUGGAGGUGUACUUAUCAAUAUCUCCUGAUUUCUCUGUAAUAUAUACCGGUAAAUUAAAAAAGUAAUCAAUUGUGAAGUUCUCUCGGUAUUAGGAGUAAACUUUCUAAUGCCUAUGAUCAAGUCAAGUAUAUUGCAUGUACCUACUUGUGUAGGCUAUGAUAGAGUUUGUCAUUGUGCAAAUGUUAUGCAAAUUUCUUAUGGUGUAUAAGCAUUUUCCCCAUAUGAUUCAGCAUUACAAAAGUGGUUUCCCUUUUUAUUUUCAAAUUCUUGUGUCUUUAAUAUAGUUAUUUUUCAACUCUCUCUUUCUCUUUAAUUAAAAUGUUGAAAUGAACAUUAGUUAGGCUUAAGAUAAAAGAAUUAUUCAAAUUUUCUUGGAUCUUUUUUAUUAUGAUUUUUUUUGAUAUUUUUGCUACUGUCACGGCACUUUCAUCAAACCAUUUUAUGUGCAUGAAUGUAUAUAAAAUGUCAUUUUGUAGAGUAGUGCGUAUUUAUUAUUAAAUUCAUUUUUUAUAGUUAUACAUGUAACUAUAUGAUCUCUUUUAUUCAUAAGUUAUCUGUUAUUUUCUUUAUAUUCCAUUUGUUGUUUAUAUGAUUGACAUUAAUUACUCCUUAAAAUUGUACACUUAUAUUCAUACUUUGUUUCUAUUUAAAUUGAUUAUAUUGUACUUGUUUUAUUCACGUUCUGUUUAAAUUGUAAAGCGCUUAGAAACUGUCUUGUAUUAAGCGCUAUAUAAAAGCUCCAUAUUAUUAUUAUUAUUAUAAGAACCAUGAAGCUUUGUUUUUCUUACAAUAUGGGUGUUGCAUUAAUCUAUGUCUAUCUAGCUUGCUAACUAUCCAUCUACAUGUACCUAUCUAUCUGUCCAUCCAACAUCAUCCAUCCUUUCAAUAACAUCCAUAUUUUCUUGCUUUGAUAAAUAUAUGGAAAUAUUUAUUUCAUUCAUUUGUAUACUAUGAGCCCACCGAAGUUACCCUUUGAAAGGGUCUCACGUUUAAUAUUUUGUUGAAUUUUGUUUUGCAAUGUACUGUGUUAUUCUGUAUAUUUGUUUGUGCUAGAUGAUUGCAAACAGAGAGAUUGCUAAUGGAAUAUUGUCAGGGUCCUGGGAAUGAUCUUUUUACAGGAAGUGUUGAUCAAUUUGGCAAGGCAAAAAAAGGGGGUUUUACUACAAAAUGAAUCCAUUUUGGUCCAGAAAAAUUUGACAAGCCCCCCCCCCCCCCCCAAAAAAAAGGGUUUCACUACAAAAUAGAGGUCAUUUUGGUUAUAUUUGUACAUUUUGCCACACCUACCAGAAUUCAAGGCGGUGCUGCCUAUGGACAGUAAACACACGAGCACCCCCAGGAAAAUCUUGGGGUGCUUCAGCACUCCCGCUUCCAAGGGUCAUGCCCAUGAAUAUUGUGAUUAUAAUGUGGUGUCUAUAGUUAACUGAUAUCGUGGUAGAGGUACUACCAAUAUCCCCAAAAUUAUUUUUAAAAACUAAGAAGAUGGAAGAAAUCUAUGAUCUGUAUGUAAAGACAACAUUUAAGUCAUGGGAAAUUUCUUUUUUUUUAUGAUCAUAGUUAUAUUAGAAAGCAUGUGUAUUCAAAUGAGGCAUUAGAUGGUAUGAUUUAUGUUUUAAAAAAGAUGAUUUCAGAAACUAAUUGUAUGCUAAUGAAACAAAUGCCAAUUAGUUUUUAUAGCGAUUCUUUGGGACCUCAAAAUAUUUUUCUACAAAUAUCUUGGUUUCCUUGUUAUCUCAGUAUGUGAAUAAUUUAGACCGAGCUAGUCCUUUUGAAUUGAUCUUUCAUCCAAGAUUCAAUGGGGAUUUUGAAUUUUAUAUAUUUUUUGUAAUUAUUAUUAAUGGUGCCAUCAUUGUGUGUAUAUGAUAUUUUUUUUAUUGAUUAACUGUCUUACUUUGUCAAGACUUGAAUUCUAACAUAUCUUGCAGUAUUAUUUUGAUAAUUUGAUCACUCUCAGUUUUUUAUAGACACUGGUAAUUUAUGUGAUUAUGUUACCAAUACAUCAUUGAAGAGAUAAAAGUUUUUUUAUAGACACUGGUAAUUUAUGUGAUUAUGUUACCAAUACAUCAUUGAAGAGAUUAUAGUCAAGUGUGUGUUACAGGUGAUGAGUUAGGAUUUAAUCAUAUCUAAUAGAAAUUAUUAUUUAAGCUUAUCACAAAUUUCUCAAACUGACUUGAUGGUACACCAGCAGCCCAAAUUCAUGAAUAGUCUCAACUGUGGUAACUUUGCCAUUAUGGCAAGUACCAUGGUACCAGGGCUCACUCAACAGCUAAUUGAAUUUGAGGUUUCCAAGGCAAUUUUCAUAAUGAAAAAAACAACCAUAGUUGUAAUGCUUUACAUAAGGGUGACGGCCGGGCCCGUUAGUUUCAAGCUCUACGUAAAAGCAUUAUUUAAACAGAAAAUGAAUGUUAUUUUGGAGAAUGAAUUGACAUUGUAGUUCAGACAUUGACAUGACUGCUAAAUCAUUCAAUUUCUGUUUGUGUCACAAGCAAUUUUAUUGAUACGUUUGCAGAUGUGUAACUCAUUUUUAUUAUUAGUAUUUUCCAUAUUUUAUUUUAAACAAAAUCUAAUAAAAUCAAAAGUUGACUGAAACUCUAAA